AUGGCCGAGCCCACCGUGCUCGCCGACGCACUCUCCCCUCCAGUCCGGGCCUCGUCGCCUUCGCCUGACAUCCCGGCUACGCCCGCCAUCUCCUCCUAUUCCUCGCCAGACCGCACCUUCUCCUCCGUCUCCUCUCGCUCGACCUCCUCCGCCACCUCCGUCGACGCCAGGUCGUCCGUGUCCACCUCCUCACGCCGCCAUGGGUACAUCCGCGCUGUGGGCGCCGACUUUGCCGACUCCGCCCGCAAUCGAGACAGCGUCAUGAGUCUGGGGAGCAUCGCCCAUCUGCAGUAUUAUUUUGCUCGUACGGGUUUGCUGGAUGGCAAGACUGGGCGCGGCAAGGAGUUCCAGAAGAAAAAUAAGAACCGGGAAAACGUACCUCGAUUGCUCAUCACCCCGAAUGAACGGCAUAUCGAUGACGGUCUAACCGCCAGUCCCAUGGAAAUGGCGGAUCCUGCAGAGCAGGACGCGGCGUUCGAUGACGAGGACGAGGACGCCGAGGUCAUGCUCCCGCCUACCGUAAGCACGUACAGCAUCAAAACCCACCACAUCCCGCCCCCACCAGACCAGCUGUCCCUCCGCCGGGAUCUCUCCGCCGCGCUGGCCAAGGCAGAGCGCAGCAUCAAGGCGAUUGCAGACGGUCUCGAACUCCCGUUUGAACCCACCCGAUCCAGCCUGUCACCGGGUGAUAUCCCAGACGACGUCCAGACCGAAGCCCCGACUCCAUCCACCAAGGAAGAGGCCCUGGGGAUGUUCAUCCUCGACGACGUGACGAUGGCCAUCCGGGCGGCCAAGAUCUACUACACAGCCCACGAACGGCCGGAUCGUCUGGCGUCGAUCAAGAGCGAGCGAGAGAUCCGCAAAGACCUCUUCCAUGUGCUGGACGUGCUCAAGAAAUGGGCCUCGCGCUCCUUUGCCAAUGGCCUCCGCGACGAGGAGCGCACUACCAUUACCGGAUGGAUCUCCGGUGUCCGGGCGAUGCUGACCCGCGAGCAGGCGCUCGAAGACCUCGAGGCCCAGGAGCGUCAAAGCUGGGACUGGGCCAGCGGCGACUGGACCGGACGCGAGCGUGCACGCGAAGAGUCCUUCCUGCGCAGCAUCAUGCCUGGCGGCGAGUCCCUGCCGAAAUGGACACCGGUGGAGGACGAUCAGCCUGGCGAUGACUCCAAGCCUCUCCCUCCUCCAUUCCUAGCCCACAUCCGGGACGGCCGGGCUCUCGUACAGACGCACAACCUCUCCGUACAAAAGUCCAAACGCCCAUUCGGUGAGAUCAAGGCCUUUCACCAGGAUAUCGCCAAGCCGUACCGGCAGGCCGAGAAUCUGCGGUUCUGGGUGAAAGCGGCGGAGCUGCGGUGGGAGCUGCGACUGGAGAUGGAUGUGAUGGGGGUGGUGCAGGGCAGCAGCGCGCAGUCGUGGAAACAGUUCGAUGCCGCGCUGCUGUCGUGGUGUCGGACGGUGCGCGAGGAAUUGGUGCGCGACUGGCAGGCGGCCAACCCGGGUCGGCCACCCAGCGCGGGCCUGAUUUAA